AGCCCUUCGAGCUCGAGCGCGCACUGGAAACCCUGGAGCUGGGCAGGGGGGCGACAUGCCGCGCCCCGUGGCCAUCGUGACGGGCGCGGCUCGCGGCAUCGGCCGCGCCACCGCGGUGGCGCUGGCGGGCGCGGGCUACCGGGUGGCCCUGUUCGGCAGGGACGACACCCCCUCCCUGGCCGACACCCUCGCGGCCUGCGAGGCGGCAGCGCCAGCAUCCGCCGCCUCCUCGGGGGCGCCGAACGAGGAAGCACUGCAGCGGGCAGCGUGGCGCUGGCCUUUGUGGCCGACCACGGGACCGCCAGCAGCUCGCCGCCGCGGUCCGCGACGUCGUCGCGGCAUUCGGCGGCGUAUCCGUGCUGGUCUGCAACGCGGCCGUGCUUCUGGCCACCAGCGUGUUGGGUGGCGACCCCGCCCGAUGGGAGGACCGGACAGGGUGGCAGGUGGACAAACGAGGAGGUCACCUGGUAAGGCUUCUGGCUGCGCGCACACGGCCCCCCAGUUAGUCCCUGCUGGCCUCAAGGCCCCCCGAGUAGUGCCGGCUGGCCGCAUCAGGUCCCCCGAGCAGUGGGGCAGUCUCAACACCUUGGUGUUGCCUCUGGCGGCGCCCCUGGGGUGCUCCGCGCCCAAGGGUUGGGUUGCUGAGACCGCCCCAGGUUACCCCGGGGGCCUGUUGAUGCCCGCUGGGGCUAUUCGGGGGGCCUGUUGAGGCCAGCCGGGACCACUUGGGGUGGCUGUCUGCGCGCAACCCGAAGCCAUCCCAAGGUCACCACGGGAAACAUCACAACAUGCAUGCUGGCAUCCGACUUCGGACAGCGGCUGCGCCAGCCCCGAUGACAAAACAGUGUCACUGGCUGGGCUCCUCUUGGGUGGCCAACCCGCCAGCGCAGCACUUCGAAGGCCCAGGACCGCCCAGCAUUUCUGCACACGGGCACUGGUCGAGAUGCCGGUCGACGUACAUCCAGCUGGGAUGCUGCCGUCGGCGUUUCGUGGGAACGCGCCGCUUUCGGCCAGAUCCAGGACCACCGCAGGGGCCCGAAGCCCUCGACUUAUUGGCAGUCGCCUCUGCCAACAGGACCGACGUCUCGAAAUGGAUGCCCGCGCCAAGACAUGAGCGUCGGAAGAAAUCGGGGUCGACUGCGAGGACAUUCGCGCGUAAGCCUCCCGCGUCAGCUUCCCGCGCAAGGCCGCGCGUCAGUGCCUUCGUUUCCAAUGUAGCGUGCCGUCGCCGGCAGCCCGCGUAGACCGCGGCGUGACGUCACUGUGCCUACCUCGCCUAAGACCCUUUUGUUCUCGUCGCCCACGUGCUUUUUUGCUCCUGUCCGGGAGGAGGAGCUCGACGUGAACGUGAAGGGCACCAUGGCCCUGACCCACGCGGCGUUGCCACACAUCCUCGAGGGGCCCGCGCCCUCGAUCGGCUCGAGGGCCGUCAUCGUGAUCGGGAGCACGGGCUCCCAGUGGUCGUGGCCGUAUGGCGCCGGCUACUGUUGCCAGCAAACAUGCUCUGAAAGGCUUCGUCGGGUCCCUCUUCGAGGAGGUUCGUGACAAGGGCGUGAAGGUGUGCAUCAUAAUGCCGGGAUUUACCGACACCGACAUGACCGCGGCGAAUCCGGGCAUGGUGAGGGAGAAGAAGAUUCAGCCAGGGGACGUGGCCCAUGCUAUUCGAGGCGUCCUAGACUUCCCCGCAUCCGCCUGCCCGACAGAGAUUCUGAUCCGCCCACAGUACAAGUGUACUGAUGGCUCUGUGCCGUACACAAUUGUAUAGACAGGUCAAAUCUGGGAGGCCUCGUGUCGUGUCGCGAUGUCGCCUCCCCCAAAACAUGAGACGCGUCCAUCUACUUGGCAGGGAGAGGGCUUCAUCAGGGCGCAACUGAAUGCGCUUGCAUGAAAUUGUCAUUCUGUUGAUUGCGGACACGCUCUAUUCAGACAAUGCCCAGAGAUGGGACGGGGGGAAG